CCGACCCUCACCCUGCGACUCAGGGAACCCAACACGCUCUGCCGUAACCCCGACAGCCUCCCACGCACACAAGCACCCCGCCCACCCGAAGCAUCGCGAGACGCGGCCUUGCGGUUUGGUUCCAGCCUUUAGGCCUGGAGACUACGUUUCCCAGAAGAGACUGCGGCGCUGGCCCAAUCGCGACACAUCAGCCGAGGGGCUUUGUGCAUCUGCGCUGUCUUCCGGCUCCCGAGUCCGCCGGUACGGAGGGGGAAGCGCACCUGGGGCUGCGCGGGGCGCGACCACGGGGGCAACUGGACCCGAGGAGGCGGCAGGUGAGGGGCUUCGGAGCUUGCCAAGCGCUCCGGAGUCCACGCAGGACUGAGCGCCGCGGCCGGGCGGGUCGCGGGCCUGGGAAGAACCCGAACGUCUCGCUUCAUCGUCGGUCUGCGGCUUUCCCGGCUCUGGACUACACUUCCCAUAGUCCCCCGCGGCGCGCGCCCUGCUUGCGUUCCCUGUCGGCGUCAGGGCUCAUAGCCCGGGUCCAUAGACCCCUUAGCUCUGCCAUCUCAGGACUCUGCCCUUCCCUAAGAGAGAAACCAGGAGGAGGACCCAUCAACCCAUGAAAUUUUGACAGUCAUGUCCCUUGGUUCAGACUUGUUCAGGGAUGUGGCCGUAGUCUUCUCCCAAGAAGAAUGGGAACAGCUGGCGCCUGCUCAGAGGGAUUUGUACAGAGAUGUGAUGUUGGAGAUCUAUAGCAACCUGGUCUCACUGGGUUUUGCCAUUUCCAAACCUGAUGUGAUCUCCUUCCUGGAACAAGGCAGAGAGCCCUGGAUGGUGGAGAAAGUAGCGACAGGAGGCCAGUGCCCAGAUCAGGUAUCCCAAUGGGAGAAAAUGGAAAAAUUUAUAAACAAAGAUCCUGAGAACCCCAGUUUCCAAGAUGACUGGGAAUGUGAAGGCACAUUUGAAACAUAUCACAGAAAUGAGGAUGGAAGUUCCAGUCAAGUCAUAAUCACUCAUGAAGAAAUACCUGCUUUGACACAGCAAACAUCCCAUAACCUGCUUCAUAACAUUCCACCUGGAAGUAGACCCUAUGUGUGUAAUGAAUGUAGAAAAGGCUUUUGGCAGAAGAAAUGUCUUCUUAGUCAUCAGAAGAUUCAUACUGGUGAGAAAUCUUAUGAAUGUCAGCAAUGUGGGAAGGCUUUCCAUCGCCGUUCCUAUCUUCCUCAACAUCAGAGAACUCAUAGUGGGGAAAGACCCUAUGAAUGUACAGAAUGUGGAAAGGCCUUUGGUUCUGUCUCACUCUUUACCAGACAUCAGAGAAUUCAUACUGGUGAGAAACCCUAUGAAUGUAAGGAUUGUGGAAAAACCUUUGUUCGGCUCUCACAACUUAACGUACAUCACAGAACUCAUACUGGUGAAAAACCCUAUCAAUGUACUGAAUGUGGAAAAGCUUUCAGUUACUUAUCACUGAUUAUUAAACAUCAGAGAAUUCAUACUGGAGAAAAGCCCUAUGUCUGUAAGGAAUGUGGAAAGGCCUUUAGAGGUAUCACCCAACUUAAUGAACAUCAAAGAACCCAUACUGGUGAGAAGCCAUAUAAAUGUAAUGAAUGUGGAAAGGCCUUUGGCCAUCGUUCAUAUCUUCCUCAACAUCAGAGGAUCCAUACUGGUAAGAAACCUUACAAAUGUAAGGUUUGUGGGAAAGCCUUUAGGCAGGGCUCACAGCUUAACCACCACCAAAGAAUUCAUACUGGUGAGAAACCCUAUAAAUGUAAUGAAUGUGGGAAGGCAUUUAGGCAGGGCUCACAGCUUAAACAACACCAGAUAAUUCACACCGGUGAGAAGCCUUAUGAAUGCAAGGAAUGUGGGAAAGCCUUUAGUCAGUGCUCACAACUUACUCGACAUAAGAAAAUUCAUCCUAAUGUAUGUAAGAAAUCACAGAAAGAAAAUCACGUUCCCGCAGACAGGCUCAGAGGGCCGCACUCGGAGCGACACGGCGGUCACACGGACACAGACAGCGUCAAAUCACAGCCUAAGAACACGCCCCUCUCCGUUAAACCACGCCCCGUUCCACGCCCCUCGAGUCUAACCCCUCCCCUUAUUCCGCCCACCUGGGAGAUUCGGCGCCUGCGCACUCGGUUCCCGGGCGUCGGCUCCGAAGUCCUUCGGCUGAAGCAGGAGACACCCUCAGUUCUGGCCUUACCCUUCCAGGACAGUGCUGUUCCCCAAGAGAAAAGCCAGGAAAAGGAGGCGAAAAUGACAGUUGAACUAGUGAAAGCCAUACCUCAGGACUUGGUGACAUUCAAGGAUGUAGCAAUAGACUUUUCCCAGGAGGAAUGGGAAUGGCUGAACCCUGCUCAGAGGAGUUUAUACAGGAGUAUGAUGUUGGAGAACUAUCAGAGCCUGGUAUCAGUGGGACUUUGUGUCUCUAAGCCAUAUGUCAUCUCCUUAUUGGAGCAAGGGAAAGAGCCUUGGGAGAUGAAGAGUGAGAUGAGAAGAACCCCAUUCCCAGAUUGGGAAUCUGUAUAUGAGACACAAGAAUUACCCCUGAAGCAAUUUGUGUGUGAUGAUGUAUUAAUGGGGAGAAUUAUAAGCUAUGGACUUGAGUGUCCCACUUUUGGAGAAGAUUGGAAAUGUGAAGAUCUUUUUGAGAGGCAGUUGUUAAGCCAAGAGACAUUUAUCAGGCAAGAAACAAUCACUCAUAAAGAAACACUUACAGUGGAAAUAGACCACAAAUAUAACAAAUCUGGGAAAUUUGUCUCAUUGGACAAUAUAGAAGAGAAUAUUUAUAAUCACAAGUCAGAUAAAAAAAGCUUUUCUAAAAAUUCCAUGGUAAUAAAACACAAGAAAGUCUUUGUAGGAAAGAAACUUUUUAAAUGUAAUGAAUGUGAGAAGACCUUCACCCAGAGCUCAUCCCUUACUGUUCAUCAGAGAAUUCAUACUGGAGAGAAACCGUAUGAGUGUAAGGAAUGUGGGAAAGCCUUCAACCAGAGUCAACACCUUGCCCAGCACCACAGAAUACAUACUGGAGAGAAACUGUUUGAAUGUAAGGAAUGUAGGAAAGCCUUCAGCCAAAAUGUUCACCUUAUUCAACAUCAAAGAAUUCAUACUGGAGAAAAACCAUAUAAAUGUAAGGAGUGUAGAAAAGCCUUCAGCCAGCCUGCACACCUUGCCCAGCAUCAGAGAAUUCAUACUGGAGAGAAGCCCUAUAAAUGUAAGGAAUGUGGAAAGGCCUUCAGUGAUGGCUCAUCCUUUGCACGACAUCAGAGAUGUCACACUGGCAAAAGACCCUAUGUAUGUAUUGAAUGUGGAAAAGCCUUUAGGCAGAACACAUCCCUUAUCCGUCACUGGAGAUAUUAUCACACUGGGGAGAAACCCUUUGACUGCAUCGACUGUGGGAAAGCCUUCAGUGAUCACAUAGGACUUAUUCAGCAUAGGAGAAUUCAUACUGGAGAGAAACCCUACAGAUGUAAUGUGUGUGGAAAAACCUUCAGCUAUGGCUCAUCCCUGACUGUCCAUCAGAGAAUUCACACAGGAGAGAAACCAUACGAAUGUGAUAUCUGUGGGAAAGCCUUUAGCCAUCAUGCCUCACUCACUCAGCACCAAAGAGUGCAUUCUGGAGAGAAGCCUUACGAAUGCAGGGAAUGUGGGAAAGCCUUUAGGCAGAGCAUACACCUUGCUAGUCACCUGAGGAUUCAUACUGGCGAAAAACCCUAUAAAUGUAAAGAAUGUGGGAAAGCUUUUAGCAUCAGUUCACAGCUGGCUACUCAUCAGAGAAUUCAUACUGGAGAGAAACCUUAUGAAUGUAAGGAAUGUGGCAAAGCUUUCAAACAGAGAGCACAUCUUGCACAGCAUCAUAAAAUUCAUACCGGAGAGAAACCUUAUGAAUGUACUGAAUGUGGAAAAGCCUUCAGCCAGACUACCCGCCUUAUUCAACAUCAGAGAGUUCACACGGGAGAGAAACCCUAUAAAUGUACUGAAUGUGGGAAGGCCUUUAGUGAUAGCUCAUCCUGCUCUCAGCAUCGGAGACUUCACACUGGCCAAAGGCCCUACGAAUGUGUUAAGUGUGAGAAGGCAUACAGAACAAAAUCGUUGCUCAUUUGUCAUCAAAGAUGUCAUACGGGGGAGAAACCUUAUGAAUGUAGCAUGUGCGGUAAAGCCUUUAGCCAUCGGCAAUCCCUUACCAUUCAUCAGAGAAUUCACUGUGGAGAAAAACCAUAUCAGUGUAAGGAAUGUAGGAAAACCUUCAGCCAGAUUGGACACCUUAAUCUACAUAGAAGAAUCCACACUGGAGAGAGAUCUUAUGAAUGUAAGGAAUGCAGAAAGGUCUUCAGACAAAGUGCGCACCUUGCUCAUCAUCAGAAAAUUCAUGCUGUAGAGUCAUGUCAGGCCCCCAGCUCUUCCUCACCUUCUGUGUCACCAAGUCCUGUUGAUAUGUCUGCUGAAUAUUUUUGGAAUUCAUCCACAUCUUUCCAUUCUCGUUGCCCUAGUCCAAAACACUGUCAUUUCACCUGGACUAUUCCAAUUGUCUAAUAACUGGUCUCCUUGCAUCCUCUUUUGUCCGCUUCAAGUUCAUUUUUCACACUACUGCCACAGUGGUAUUUUCAAAAUGUAAAUGUAAUUUUAUGACUCCCUUAAAACCCUUGCUAUGCAAUUUUGAACUACUUGAUGCAUACAAAGUGCUCAGCACAGUGUCUGACCCAGACUAAGUGCUCCAUAAUGUUAGCUCAGUAUCCUUCAGAGUCUGCUUGAAAGUUAUUUUUAAACAGUGAACUCUGGAAGGCAGUAUAUGUACUUGGAGAUCAUAACAAUUUUGGAACUGAAACAAUGCAUAUGAUGAGGGUUAGCAUGAGUAGUAUGUUUAAAGCUUGAGAUCACCACAAAAUAAGUUUGUGUUCCUUUGUUGGUGAGGAAAUUCAGUGUGACCUGAUACAUAGAAUAUGUUUUAGGAAAUUCUAGAACUCUGGAUAAGACUGGAACAAAAGAACUAGAAUUUACUGGGAAGAAUGUAAGACUAUAUUUAUUCAAGGCAGAAAGUAAAAAUUCCUAAUAUUUAAAAUGGAAGAAACAGAACUUGAAUAGUGUAGCCCUCUUCUAAGACACCUGGGUUAACAGAUUAAUUCUAAACCUUCAAGGAAUCAUAAUUAAGCUGUUCUAGAGUGUAGAAAAAAUAAUGAAAUGGAUUAUUUUGCAGUAUUUGGAAUACUUCUUUCAUGAGGCUAAUUCAACCCUAAUAUCAAAUCCAGAAGAAAAAAAUUAUAGAUGAAUUUACUCAUGGUUUUAUAUAUAGGAAGGAAAUUAUUAACCUCUGUUAAGGAGAAUAGAGGUUCUGAAUAAAUGGAGAUCUGUGUUUCCAGAUGGAAGUUUCAAUAUUGUUAACAUGUUUGUACAGUCAAUUCCAGUCACAAUCCCUAUAGGAUAUCUUUACAUUGACAGUUUUGUUCUGAAAAUCAUGUAGAAUGGUAAAUAGGAAAGCAUCACAAGGAAAUUUUUGAAAAAGAUCAUAUACCCAUGAAUUUAGUUUAUUGCAAAAGUAAUUAUUUUUGAUGUGUCAGUGGGAGAGAUGGAUUACUUAAAUGGUGCUUGACAGUUAUCCAACUGGAAAUAAGGUCAGAUCCACAUUUCACCCCUUACAGAGAAGUUCAUUCAAUAUGAUUAGAGAUGUAAUAGGAAACAAUAUUAAGAUUCUAGAAGAGAAUGUAGAAUAUUUCUAUCCCUUUGAGUUCAAGAAGGCUUUGGUAAGCAGGACACAGAGUCCAGAAGUCAUGAAGAGAGACAGAGUGAUAGGACCAUGUAAAAAAUUUAAACUUUUCCAUGGUAUAAGACACUGUAUUCAAAGUUAAAAGGCACAUGACAGA